AUGAUGAAUUCCGAUGAACCAUUCAUCAUAAAUUUAAACAAAUUAUUUGACACAUCCUCUACAUUUGUCAAAUCAUUGACAACUCCUCUCCAUUUUUUAAUCGUUAAAGAAUUAAAGGAAUGGUCAAGAAGAAGCGAACGACCAAUAGUUGAAAACGUUGUUCGAGAAUUGAAAGACAACGUCUUGAAGAUGGUUCAAAAAGAAUUUCCAGAUUCCUCUUAUUUGUUAGAUUCCAAAGAAAUGUUGGAUGAAUGUGCCACCAAAUCACACCCUCUCCAAAGGUUGAAAGUCAUUGAGAAGACAACUUGUGAGUUCAUCUUUAACAUGAUGGAACAAAGAGACAUUCGUAAUGGCAUGGAAAGUAUCUUUAUCAUUCUCUACCAAUUAGAACUGCUUGCUACUGUAUUGAUUGAAUCAAAUGUUGACCUUCUGUCUCAUUUAACCAUUGACAGAAUUAUUCAACACACUCUUUCACAAUUUAUGAAUCAAUUUCGAUACCAUUAUCCGGAUAGUUUGAUUGUAUUGACAUGGAAUUUGCCAGGUAGUAAAAAAACGACCAAAGACAAGAUUGAAAAACAUUUCAAAGAGGAACAUGCUAAACUAAUUGAAAUGGUCGACAUUGCCUUCUUGCAAGAAUUUGCUACUGGUGAAGGAGAAUCAGGUGCAUGUGAAAUGUUUGUCAAUAGAUUUGAAAAAGCCAUGUAUUCUGUACAAAAUUUAAAAAGGUUCAAUCGAAAGGAACAAGAUUAUGGAGUGAUUUUGUGGAACGAAAAAUAUUUUCCAUGUGAAGAAGAAUAUUGUUUUCAAGGAAUGGAAUCCUUAAAUCCAACAUUGAUUAAUGUUCACUUAUCUUUUACAAAUUCGCAACACCGAAAUGAAGAAUUUGAAGAAUUGAAAUCCUAUAUUAAGAAAAGAUUGAAACGAACAUCGUUUAUCAUUGCAGGGGACUUCAAUUUUGAAGUGACAAGUGAACUAUUUGACGGAUGCUAUGAAGAUAUUGUGAAUUGUGAUAAUUGUGAGCUUGCAACCACAAAGGCAGGAAGAAAAAUAGAUCAUGUGUUAUUUUCUAGAGAUUUUGAAUGUGCAUUUAGUUUGGUUCCUCAAUUGUUGGCCUUUCCUGAAUCCAAUCAUUUUCCUAAAAUUGUAUUUCUUAAAAAGAUUGAAGAAAGUGACGAUGAGGAUGAUGAGGAAAAUAUUGAGCAAUCUGAAGAGAAGGACAUUGCAGUCAAAGAGGAACAUGACCUUUCAUCUCUUCUCGAACAUGGAUUGAAUCUAAAUGAAUGA